GCUGAAGCAGCAGCACGUUUAGCUUCAAAACGAGCAGAAAUAAAAAGAGAAAUGGAAAUCUCAAAGCAAAGACAGGAGAUUCUUGCUCAGCAAGAGAAGCUGAAAAUGUUGGAGAACCAAAGAGAUCUUGAGGCAAUAGAGGCAGAGUACAAUGUAUAUGCUGAAGAAGAAUCAAAGAUGGAUGCUGAAAGAACUGCAAGUGAAAUAAAGGUCACUUCAAGUCAGCUUCCAAAACAGCAGCAGAACAAUGUCUCACGCCCAGAAGUUCUUUGUAAGCCAGCGCCAGCUUUACCUGAGAUUAAAGGUGAAAAGAUUUUCCAAAGGGUGUAUGUCCCACAAACUUGUGACAGGAAUCCAAUGCCAAAAGACACUGAAGUAGCAUUAGUCCAAGCGUUAAAGGACUCGUUGACAAUGACAAGACUGCCAGCUCCUGAACCAUUUACAUUUAGUGGGGAUCCGCUGAAAUUCAUUGAGUGGAGCACUUGUUUCAAAGCUUUAAUAGAGACUAGCUGUGUUGAUCCAGCUCACAGAUUGUUCUACCUGAAAAAGUACAUAAGUGGGGAAGCACUUACUGUAUUAGAAGGAACAUUUUAUAGAAGCGAUGAGGAAGCUUACACCCAGGCUUGGGAGGCUUUGAAUAAACGUUAUGGCCAUCCAUUUGUUGUCCAGAGAGCGUUUAGAGGAAAACUAAGCAGUUGGCCAAAGAUUGGGUCAAAGGAGUCUCUGAAACUGCGAGAGUUUAGUGAUUUCCUCAUUUCAUGCAAAAACGCCAUGCCUCAUGUACAAGGUCUCAGGGUAUUAGAUGAUUGUGAAGAAAAUCAAAAAAUACUCCUCAAGCUACCAGACUGGGCAACAACACGUUGGAACAGAUAUGUGACUAAAACACUGGAUGAAGGAAAAGAAUAUCCAAGUUUUGCGGAAUUUGCUGACUUUGUGGCUGAAGAAGCACGCAUAGCAUGCAACCCAGUCUCGUCCUUGUUUGCACUGCGAACAUGUGACAAACUAGACAAGGAGCAAAAGCGUCCUAAGGCGAGUGCCUUAACUACUACGAUAAAAGGAAACAAGAAUACGAAGGCAGCAAGCACAGCUCAAGAAAUCAAAUCUCCCCCUUCCACAAUUCAGAACAAAAGACAAAUUGAGUGCAUUUGUUGCAAGCAAAGCCACUUUAUUUACAAAUGUGUAAAAUUUGCUGAAAUGUCUCUGGAGGAAAAGAAGAAGUUUGUUUCUGAGAAUAAUAUGUGCUAUAGUUGUCUGAGAGUUGGCCACAUUUCAAAAAACUGUCGGCAAAAGGCUACUUGUAAUGUGUGCAGGAAAAACCAUCCUACUCCACUUCAUGAGGACCGUCCACAAGUGGACAAACUUGAAACGCCACCACAAGAAGAUGCUUCUGCAGUGUCGAACAAUGUGAGAAUAGACAAUAGUGACCGUACUUCAAUGAUUGUGCCGGUAUGGUUAUCUUGUGCAGAAGGUAAUGGGCUUGAGAUCUUAGUUUACGCGCUCCUAGAUACUCAAAGCAGCAACACGUUCAUAGACCAAGACAUUUGUGAAAAGAUUCAAGCACUCACAGAGUCAGUUAAGCUGAAACUGACAACAAUGACAGACAGGGGUUCAAUUGUUCAGAGUCAAAGAGUGAAUGGGCUGAAAGUAAGAGGCUACUAUUCACAAGAGUACAUUGAGUUACCUCCCACAUACACUCGUGAAUACAUCCCCCUUGAACAAAGCAGUAUUCCCACUCGAGAAACAACAAAGGGAUGGGCACAUCUUCAAGGUAUUGCACGAGAAAUGCCAGAGUUGCUUGAUUGUCCUGCAGCACUUCUUAUUGGCUACGAUUGUGCAAGAGCUCUGAAACCAAGAGAAGUAAUACCAGGCAACGACUACGAUCCUUAUGCAAUCAAAACAGACUUAGGUUGGAGUAUUGUCGGAUCUAUCAAGCCUUUGACAAGUUCAAUGGAUGUAACCGGAGCGUGCCAUCGUAUCACUGUUAAAGAGCUGCCAUCCAUCACUCCCUCUUCUGUGAUCAAAGUGUUGGAAACAGAUUUUCGGGACACAAAUCCCAAAGAUGGAAACAUAUCACAAGAGGACAUUCAAUUUUUGCAGCUCCUCAAUGAAAACGUACACAUCAAUGAAGAAGGUCAUUUGGAAAUGCCUUUACCUUUCAGAGAACGUCCCCAGCUUCCAAACAACAAACAGCUCGCAAUAACACGGCUCAAGCACUUGAAAGCAAAAUUGGAAAGGAAUCAGAAGUACAAAGAGGAUUAUGUGAAAUUUAUGAAUCGUGUAUUUGAAGAUGGUGAUGCAGAGGAAGCAGUCGGCAUAUCUGCAGAUGAUGUCACAUGGUAUAUACCUCACCAUGGGGUAUACCAUCCCAGAAAGCCAGAGAAAGUGAGAGUUGUGUUUGACUGCUCAGCGAAAUUUCAGGACACAUCUUUAAAUGACCAUCUCCUCACAGGCCCAGACUUAAUCAAUACGCUCAUAGGGGUACUCUGCAGAUUUAGAGAACACCAAGUUGCCAUUACAUGCGAUGUAGAGAAAAUGUUCCACCGCUUUCAUGUCUCUCCAGAAGACAGAGACUUCUUAAGGUUUUUAUGGUGGCAGGAUGGAAACACCAGUACAGAGCCAAAAGAGUAUCGCAUGCGUGUUCAUAUUUUCGGAGCAGCAUCCUCGCCAGGUUGUGCGAACUAUGGCAUGAAGUAUCUUGCAAGUGAACAUGAAAAGGAUUAUCCGUUGGCGGCAAGCUUCAUUCACAGAAACUUUUAUGUGGAUGACGGAUUAAUCAGUGUUGAUACAAUCGAAACAGCAAAACAGCUGGUCCGUCAAGCACAAGAGAUCUGUGCAAAAGGAAAAUUGCGCUUACACAAAUUUGUGUGCAACAAAAGAGAAGUUUUGGAGGUAAUCCCAGAAUCAGAGCAUGCCAUCAAUGACAAAGAUGUCAAUCUGAACUACUCUGACAUUCCUAUGCAAAGUGUGCUGGGAGUCAAAUGGAAUGUGGAAACAGAUUCAUUCUCGUUCAAUGUUGUUCUCAAAGGAAAGCCAGCCACUCGGCGAGGAAUCCUGGCAACAGUAGCGAGUGUGUAUGAUCCACUAGGAUUUCUUUCUCCAUACAUUCUAACUGGGAAGCAAGUACUACAGGAAAUGUGCAAACGCGGCAUAGGAUGGGAUGAUCCUAUUCCUCCUGCUCUGGAAAAGCAAUGGAAAAUAUGGCUUAAUGAUCUGGAAAACUUGCCAAAGAUUCAAAUACAGAGAUGCUUCAUUCCCGAGGACAUGGAUACAGUGCAAAGGAUUGAGUUACAUCAUUUCUCGGAUGCAAGCAGCAGUGGCUAUGGACAAUGCUCAUACAUCAGGAUUGUAGCAGAAAACAAGGUGCAUUGUACUCUCGUUAUGGGAAAAGCCAGAGUGGCUCCCACCAGAGUUGUCACUAUACCACGUCUCGAAUUGACCGCAGCGGCAGUUUCAGCGGGAGUAAGUAACUUCCUCAGAACAGAGCUUGAGCUAAAGAUUGACGAGGAGUUCUUCUGGACUGAUUCUCAAGUGGUGCUCGGGUACAUUAAAAAUGAAGCAAAGCGCUUUCACGUCUUUGUCGCAAACCGUGUUCAGAAAAUUAGAGACUUCACAGAUCCAAAGCAAUGGUUCUACAUAGAGACGGAUCAGAAUCCAGCAGACCACGCUUCUAGAGGUCUCAAGGUGGCAGAGCUCAUGGACUCUAGUUGGUUAACUGGACCUAGAUUUCUCUGGGACAGAGAACUUGUAACCAAGCCACACUCCCCAGCUCUUUUCUUGGGAGACCCUGAAGUAAAGGUUCUUGAAACUAAUGCUCAAGAGAAAGACAAUUUUCUUGAGAGAUUCUCGAGAUUUUCUGAUUGGAACAUGGCACUUAAUGUUGUUGCAAGGAUAAAGAGACUUAACAAAAGAGACAAAUCAGAGCUCAUUACUGUUGAAGAAAGACAAGAGGCUUCUCUAGCGCUUAUUCGGCUAGCACAGAGAAGAACUUUUGAACAAGAGUUGGAUCGAGUGAGACAAAAGGGAAACAAAUUGCCAAGAACUCACAAGUUGCAUCAACUUGAUCCUUUCAUUGAUAAUGAUGUACUCAGAGUCGGAGGCAGGUUGAGAAAAUCCUCAGCAUCAUUUGAGCUUAGACAUCCUGCUAUUCUUCCUAAGGAAGAUAUUGUCACAAAACUGAUUGUUGAUUAUUAUCACAAGAAAACACAACACCAAGGACGAGGUCAAACCCUAAAUGCACUUAGAGCCAAUGGCUAUUGGAUUGUAGGUGCCAGUAAAGUAGUGGCCAGUUACAUCAAAGAUUGUGUAGUAUGCAGAAAGAUGCGAGGGUCAACAGAAGAACAGCGUAUGGCUGACUUACCAGCUGAUAGAGUAGAGCUCUCCCCUCCUUUCUCUUUCACAGGAUUAGAUUGUUUUGGUCCUUUUAUCACAAAACAAGGUCGAAAGGAGUGUAAACGUUAUGGUCUUCUAUUUACAUGUUUAAGCUCCAGAGCUAUUCACAUUGAGAUGUUAGAAGAUCUUUCUACUGAUGCGUUUAUAAAUGGAUUGAGAUGUUUUAUAGCGAUCAGAGGAGCAGUGAGACAGAUUCGAUCCGAUCAAGGCACAAAUUUUGUCGGAGCUCGUAAUGAGUUUGAGAAAGGUCUCAAAGAUCUUGACAAGGACAGGAUUGCUACCUAUCUAGCUAAAAACCAAUGUGACUUUCAAAUGAAUGUUCCCGAAGCAAGUCACCGAGGCGGUGUCUGGGAACGCCAAAUCAGGACUGUCAGGAAUGUUUUGAGUUCAGUCUUGGCACAAGCCAUAGGAAGACUUGAUGACACCUCUCUAAGAACUUUCUUUUAUGAGGCUAUGUCAAUUGUAAACAGUCGCCCACUUACCACUAAUACUAUUAGUGAUCCAAAAAGUGCGGAACCUUUGACGCCCAAUCAUUUACUUACAAUGAAAGAGUCAGUCCCUCUUCCACCUCCAGGCAAUUUUGUCGGUGAAGAUUUGUACAGUCGAAAGAGAUGGAGAAAAGUACAGUAUCUUGCAGAACAGUUUUGGCACAGAUGGCGCAAGGAGUACUUAACCAGUAUAAGUUUAAGACAACAGUGGCACACAUCCAAACGAAAUGUACAAGUCGGAGAUGUAGUGAUCAUUAAAGAAGAGAACAUUCCCAGAAAUGAAUGGAAAUUGGCAAAGGUAAUUGAAGCCAAUAAAGACGAUGAUGGUUUGGUACGAAAAGUCAAGAUUCAAGUUGGACAAAGAGAUUUAGGAAGUAAAGGUGAACGUCUGAAACAGUUGUCCUAUCUUGAACGACCAGUACAGAAACUAGUGGUACUAGUACAAAAUGAGUCAAUUAAGAUUUGAAAGGUUAAGAAUGGUUUAUUUUCUUUUAGGUUGGAAAAUUACCAUGUUUUAUUUUGUUGUAAUAUAAACCUGUUGUAAUUUUGGUGGCAGUGUGGCUGUCGCAGUAAAAACAAUAAUAUUGGGGUUUUUUUUUUGUAUAAUAUCCACUGUAAUUCAAGUCAAUGUUUUUUGUUGCAAUAGUGCCCCUGUGUGGUUGAAAAGAUUAUUGUUUGCAUGGAUUGUGUUUAGCUGAUUGGUUGAGGGUGAGAGAGCGGAAGCAGGAAGCAGGAACGCAGCAGCCUCGAUUCAGCGGAGAAGUUGUUUGCAAAAGAGAGCAGAAAAUAAGGAAAUGCAAAAGGAAACAUGGACGAUCAGCAAACCUAACAGCUCCCACACAUUUGAACAGAAGGCGCACACGUUUUUCACGUUGCUUCUUGCCCAGCUAAAAAGAAAUAAAACGCUGGCAAAUUCAUCAGUUGAAGCGUGGCCUAUUUCUGUGCAAAUAAAUAACCUGGGAGCGGUUAU